AUGGGAGACAUCCUGUGUGUAAGUGCUGUCAGACCAGGAUGCACCAGCUGCUGUUCAGAGAGAAGGGGCUCCCAACAAAUUCAAGGCCUUCAGCACAUGGAAGCAGUGACUACAGUAGAGCUGUUAAAUGUAACCAGAGCAUCCCUUUCUUUACCCUCUCUGCAGCCCCUGCAGCUCCACGUCCUCCAGAGCUGGAUAUGGGGCACAGUGACUCUUUCUACAGGACACACUGAUUCUUUCCAGGAGCAGGAUGUUGUGGAGAGGUUCAAAUGGCAGAGACAAGGCAUCCCGUUUGGAGCUGCCACAUCCUAUGUACAUCUAGAAAAGCUGUGUGAAGGAUCCUGUGCAACUGUGUACAAGGGGAUCAGCAGGAUCAACAGCCAGUUGGUGGCACUGAAAGUUAUCAAGCUGGAGGCAGAGGAGGGAGUGCCCUUUACAGCCAUUCGGGAAGCUUCACUUCUCAAACGUUUGAAACAUGCCAACAUUGUUCUGCUUCAUGACAUUAUCCAGACUAAGGAGACACUAACAUUUGUCUUUGAGUACAUGUACACAGAUCUAGCACAGUACAUGGGCCAGCAUCCUGGAGGACUCCAUUCGUGCAAUGUUAUGCUCUUCAUGUUCCAGCUUUUGCGUGGCCUGGCUUACAUCCACCAACAACACAUUCUUCACCGUGAUCUGAAACCCCAGAACUUGCUCAUCAGUUGCCUCGGUGAGCUCAAAUUAGCCGACUUUGGCCUUGCUUGUGCCCGGUCCAUCCCCAGACAGACAUAUUCCUCUGAAGUUGUGACACUCUGGUACCGUCCUCCUGAUGUGUUGCUUGGAGCUACAGCUUAUUCUUCUGAUAUAGAUAUCUGGAGUGCAGGCUGUAUAUUUGUGGAAAUGAUCCAGGGUCAGCCAAUAUUCGCAGCAACUUCUGGUACUUGUGAACAGCUGGAGAAGAUCUGGGCGGUAUUGGGGGACCCAACUGAAGACACCUGGCCAGGACUUUCCAAGCUCCCCAAUUAUAACCCAGAGCUGGUUGCUUCCAGGAGACCUCAGAGACUCCAAGUCAUCUGUGACAGGAUAAGCAGGGUGCCAGCAGCAGAGAAUUUGGCCUCCAGGAUGCUCACAGCCUUCCCUCGAGGCCGAAUCUCUGCACAAGAUGCACUUCUUCAUGGCUUCUUCAGCCCACUGCCUCAACAGCUCUACCAAGUUCCUGCUGGACAGUCAGUGCUCACAGUUCCAGGGGUGAGACUGCAACCUGAAAUCUGUGACCUGUUUGCUUCUUACCGAAAAGGCCAUGUCCCAGGAGGUUCGAGCAAGUUUUGGUAGAAAUAAUGGAUGAUUGAAUAAUUCUUGGAAAGCAAUGUCAGAAGGAUUGACUUGGCAACGAAGAUGUAACAGCACAGUCUGGACACUGGACUUGCAGAAUAUACUCAGCCAUGUGUCACUUAAUAGAGAGUCCCUGGACCAGAAGAUCGAU